GAGCGGAGCGGCGGCGGCGGCGGCGGCGGCAGCGGCUCGGCAGCCCCUGAGCUAGGUAACCAUGGCAGGUGAUGACUGUGUAAGGAAACGCCAGUCUGGCUCCACUGCAACCUGCAAGACCCCUGAGAAUGAAGAGACACAGAGGAGACCUGAGAGCGAGAGGUCCUUUCAAAACUCAAGCAAUGGCUGGGUUGAUGUUGACCACGUGAUAACGAGGAAAAUGCAGCUAAUAGCAGAAGCUGAGCAACUGAAGCCAGCUUUCAUGAAGGAGGUGGACAGUCACUUCACAGAGUUUGUGAACAGUUUGGUGGCAAAAUCAGCACUCCUGGACUCCUCAUCUCCAGCCUCCCUUUUCCCAGCUUCCUGUGCCGAGAAGGAACUGCACAAAGCCAAGAAUUCGAGGGCCCCUCCAGAACAUGGGAAAAUCUUUACUGCCAGGAGGUCUCUCUUGGAUGAGCUGUUUGAAGUGAGUCACAUCAGGACAAUCUACCACAUGUUCAUCGCUCUUCUUAUUGUCUUCAUCCUCAGUACACUUCUAGUAGACUUCAUUGAUGAAGGAAGGCUGGUCCUUGGAUUUGAUCUCCUGGUCUUUGUUUUUGGAAAGUUCCCCAUUGUCUUCUGUACUUGGCUGUGCAUGUUCGGUGCCACAGUAGUUGUUCCAUACAACCUUUUUGUCUGGUGGGCCCAAGGCUACUCCAGUUCCUCCCAUCGUGCAAUCCACUCUUUCUUCUACGGGAUGCUGUUCACACUCUUCCAAAUAGCUGGGCUUGGGUUUGGACCAACCUAUGUUGCUGUGUCCUAUGCCCUGCCUCCAGCUUCCCGCUUCAUUGUAAUACUGGAACAGGUUCGUCUUGUCAUGAAGGGUCAUUCCUUCAUCCGGGAGAACGUACCCAGAGUGCUGUCCUCGGUAAAGGACAAGUCUGGCACAGUACAUAUUCCCAGAAUUUCUCAGUACCUGUACUUCCUCUUUGCUCCCACCCUCAUCUACAGAGACAACUAUCCCAGGAAUCCCACGAUAAGAUGGGGCUAUGUGGCCACCAAGUUUGCACAGGUGCUUGGUUCACUUUUCUAUGCCUACUACAUCUUUGUGCGACUCUGCAUUCCUCAGUUUCGCAACAGCAGUCAGGAAACCUUCAACCUCCGAGGGCUGGUUCUCUGCAUCUUCAACUCCAUCCUGCCAGGUGUGCUGAUUCUCUUCCUGGUGUUCUUUGCAUUCCUUCACUGUUGGCUCAACGCGUUUGCCGAGAUGCUGCGCUUCGCAGACAGGAUGUUCUACAAGGACUGGUGGAAUUCCACGUCCUAUGCAAACUACUACAGAACCUGGAACGUGGUAGUACAUGACUGGCUCUAUUACUAUGCCUACAGGGACUUCCUUUGGUUUUUUGGAAAGAAGUUCAGAGCAGCAGCCAUGCUGUCUGUCUUCACCGUGUCAGCUGCUGUGCACGAGUACGUCCUCAGCAUCUGCUUUGGCUUCUUCUAUCCGGUUCUCUUCUGCUUGUUUACGUGCUUUGGAGUGGUCUUCAACUUCACCCUUAAUGACCGUCGGAAAGGGCCCUUCUGGAAUGUGAUCAUGUGGACUUCCCUCUUCCUGGGCCAAGGUGUCAUCAUCUGCCUCUACAGCCAGGAGUGGUAUGCCCGCCAGUACUGCCCCACAGAAAACCCCACAUUCCUGGACUACUUAAAGCCACGCUCGUGGUCGUGUCAUAUGAAGAUGUGAAAAUGGGGUGCUCUGGCCAUGUCAUCACAGAAAAACAGAGGUGUCCUCCAAGUAUUUGGACCAAUGAUCUAACUCACUACAGACUUUUUCUAAGGGAAGUUGUGCCUCCUGAUUAUUGGGGAGAAACUGUAAUUUUUUAAAACAUUGCUGGAGCAAACCAGUUGACCUGGAUUGCAACAGACUUCAAAGGCAGCAUCUAUUACAUGCUGUCCCACUUUGAGCCAUUUCCAUGCCAGUAAAACAUUGAGCUGAAGGUGGAGUCUACUGGAAUCCUACUCAUCCAGGGGUCCCCCCAAGUUGCUGCUUUUCUGGACAAGAGGCAAGCUAGUCAGAUUUGCUGGUAGCUCAUUGUUGGUAUCCGUCCAUCUUUCUUAGCCAUCCCUUUGCAGUUUUUUUCUCCUUUUUUGUAAUGGGAUGUCUACAAAACUUGUGUUCUUCAUGAUCCUGCCUGCCACUGAGACGUGGACAGAUGGCAGAGCAACAGGGUAUUUGCCUCCUUGCUCUGAAGAUGGCCAAAGUUUUCCUGGCUGCUUCAAACUGUAUCCUGUGUAUGUUGGCUGCCAACAGAUAUAAAAUGGGCAGAGGAAGAGGGGUUGUCACUGUGCUUGUGGCUGCAUUGCAGAGUCAGGUUCAGAAGCAGGGUGUGGUGUGUGCAGGCUUUAUAUGACUUUUUACACCAAAAGUUUGUUUUCUCUGUAUUCAUUUAGUUCCCAACUGCCUUACACCAUUUUUGUUCUCUGAAGGCCCUUGUGAGUUGAGGAAUACUUUUUCUUCUUGCUCUUCCUUUCUCCUGCUCUAGAUAAUCAAUUUUUUAACAUGAUAAACUUGUAAAAGAGCUUUUGCUUUAAUUUGGCAGGUGCUUUAAGGUAUACAGGUUGCUAAGGGUUUCUUUAUUAAGAAAAACUUGAAAUACUCUGACCCAACCAUAAGAAAAUGGGAUCAGCUUUACAGGUACAGAGCAUGAUCUCGUUUGAAAUGGCCACGUGCAGUCCAGUGUGCCCAUGUGUGUUGGAGCAGCUUCUAAUGCUGCUGAGGAAAGGAGGACUGGCCCACAGCUGAUUUGUCACCUGCCUGUGUCUGCCCUGGCAUCAGAGGGGGCUGCAGGUGGAGAUCAGCUUCCUGGGUACUGUCCUCUUGGUGCAGAGGGAGGACAUCCUCCCAUACACACCAGUAAGGGCAGGGGCUGUGUGUGAGUUUGGGGUUUCCAGAACAAUCAGUCAGAGUCCCUUCAGUUCCCUUGUUCUCAGGUGCUAAACAGAACAGGGAACUUCCAGUGUGUCUGGGUACAGAUCGCUCCAGUUUUACUGGAACUGCAGCUCCUGUUACUGGAGACAGGGCCACCUGAUGGACAUACCCUAACUUUGGUGAAAAGGGCCACCUGACAGAGAAUCCAGACCUUUGGUGACAAAGAUUUUAGAAUUACUCAAAUGCUGCCAGAAACUGCCAGUAGAGAACAGCAUUUCCUUACUGCCUACAGCCCUGGGUGUUUCAUACCAGCAGUAUUGGGACCAUUGAUGGACUUGUCUCCCAAGCCACUUCAGACUCUCCUUUGGGCUUCUGUUUUCACUAACCUAAGUCAGAAGUAAGUUCAUGAAAGCUAGGGAAUACUUUAACUCUUCCAAGUUUUCAGUCUUCUGUAAGAAGGAAUCAUGCUCUGGAGAAAAGACAUUGUACCGGGUCAAAUUUGCCAAAUAGUGUUUCUGUGUGAGGUUCUCUUUUGGAAACAUCUCCUGCUAGAAACUGUUUGAUGAAAUAGUUGAAGUAAUUUCAGAGGAAGGGGUUCAUGUAUAUACUCAAAUUUGGCAGUAUUAAAUCAAAUUGAGCAUUAAAUUGAUUACUUUAUCCUCA